AGGCUGGGGGGAGCCAAGUCCUCCAUGGCGGCCUCCGCCAGGAAGGCGAGCGGGACUGGGGCUCUGCAGCCCAGGGCCCAGAAGGGCCGGGUAAGGCGGGCCGUGCGCAUCUCCAGCCUGGUGGCCCAGGAGGUCCUGUCCCUGGGGGCGGACGUGCUGCCCGAGUACAAGCUGCAGGCGCCGCGCAUCCACCGCUGGACCAUCCUGCACUACAGCCCCUUCAAGGCCGUGUGGGACUGGCUCAUCCUGCUGCUGGUCAUCUACACGGCCGUCUUCACACCCUACUCAGCCGCCUUCCUGCUCAAGGAGACGGAGGAGGGCCCGGUGGCCCCCGACUGCGGCUACGCCUGCCAGCCCCUGGCCGUGGUGGACCUCAUCGUAGACAUCAUGUUCAUCGUGGACAUCCUCAUCAACUUCCGGACCACCUACGUCAACGCCAACGAGGAGGUGGUCAGCCACCCGGGCCGCAUCGCCGUCCACUACUUCAAGGGCUGGUUCCUCAUUGACAUGGUGGCCGCCAUACCCUUCGACCUGCUCAUCUUUGGCUCUGGCUCGGAGGAGCUCAUCGGGCUGCUGAAGACGGCGCGGCUGCUGCGCUUGCGAAUGUGCUAAAAACCUAAAUGGCCCAUGGUCUGAAUGUCAAGUGCAAAGAUCCCUGUUAAUGAAUCCAUUUACUUCGCGCUCAUCGCGCACUGGCUGGCCUGCAUUUGGUACGCCAUCGGCAACAUGGAGCAGCCGCAUAUGGACUCCCGCAUCGGCUGGCUGUACAACCUGGGUGACCAGAUUGGCAAGCCCUACAACAGCAGCGGCCUGGGCGGCCCCUCCAUCAAGGACAAGUACGUCACGGCCCUCUACUUCACCUUCAGCAGCCUCACCAGCGUGGGAUUUGGCAACGUCUCCCCCAACACCAACUCAGAGAAGAUCUUCUCCAUCUGCGUCAUGCUCAUCGGCUCCCUCAUGUACGCCAGCAUCUUUGGCAACGUGUCGGCCAUCAUCCAGCGGCUGUACUCGGGUACAGCCCGCUACCACACGCAGAUGCUCCGGGUGCGUGAGUUCAUCCGCUUCCACCAGAUCCCCAACCCGCUGCGCCAGCGCCUCGAGGAGUACUUCCAGCACGCCUGGUCCUACACCAACGGCAUCGACAUGAACGCGGUGCUGAAGGGCUUCCCGAACCGCUCCCUGCUGCAGCACUGCAAGCCCUUCCGCGGGGCCACUAAGGGCUGCCUGCGGGCCCUGGCCAUGAAGUUCAAGACGACACAUGCGCCACCAGGGGACACGCUGGUGCACGCGGGGGACCUGCUCACUGCCCUCUAUUUCAUCUCCCGGGGCUCCAUCGAGAUCUUGCGGGGUGACAUCGUCGUGGCCAUCCUGGGGAAGAACGACAUUUUCGGAGAGCCCCUGAACCUCUACGCGAGGCCUGGCAAGUCCAAUGGGGACGUGCGGGCCCUCACCUACUGCGACCUGCACAAGAUCCACCGGGAUGACCUGCUGGAGGUGCUGGACAUGUACCCCGAGUUCUCCGACCACUUCUGGUCCAGCUUGGAGAUCACAUUCAACCUGCGAGACACCAACAUGAUCCCCGGCUCUCCCGGCAGCGCGGAGCUAGAGGGUGGUUUCAAUCGGCAACGCAAGCGCAAGCUGUCUUUCCGCAGACGCACCGACAAGGACCCGGAGCAGCCAGGGGAGGUGUCGACCUUGGGGCCAGGCCGGGUGGGGGCAGCGCCUAGUGGCCGGGGCCGGCCAGGGGGGCCAUGGGGGGAGAGCCCGUCCAGUGGCCCCUCCAGCCCUGAGAGCAGUGACGACGAAGGCCCAGGCCGCAGCUCCAGCCCCCUCCGCCUGGUGCCCUUCUCCAGCCCCAGACCCCCUGGAGAGCUGCCGGGUGGGGAGCCCCUGACUGAGGACUGUGAGAAGAGCAGUGACACUUGUAACCCACUGUCAGGGGCCUUCUCAGGAGUGUCCAACAUCUUCAGCUUCUGGGGGGACAGUCGGGGCCGCCAGUACCAGGAGCUGCCUCGAUGCCCCGCCCCCGCCCCCGCCCCAAGCCUCCUCAACAUCCCUCUUUCCAGCCCCGGCCGGCGGUCCCGGGGCGAUGUGGAGAGCAGGCUGGAUGCCCUCCAGAGGCAGCUCAACAGGCUGGAGACCCGGCUCAGUGCAGACAUGGCCACCAUCCUGCAGCUGCUACAGAGGCAGAUGACGCUGGUCCCGCCCACCUACAGUGCUGUGACCACCCCGGGCCCCGGCCCCACCUCUACCUGCCCCCUGCUGCCUGUCAGCCCCAUCCCCACCCUUACCCAGUACUCCCUUUCUCAGGUUUCCCAGUUCAUGGUGUGUGAGGAGCUCCCCCCGGGGGCCCCAGAGCUCCCUCAAGAUGGCCCUACUCGACGCCUCUCCCUGCCGGGCCAGCUGGGCACCCUCACCUCCCAGCCCUUGCACAGACACGGCUCAGACCCAGGCAGUUAGUGGGGCGGCCCAGUGUGGACACGUGGCUCACCUCGGGUUCAGCACACGGCCUGGGCCCCUCCCCUCGGAGGCCCUACCCAGGAGGCCCUGGCCACGAAGGGGAGAGGAACUCAAAGGGGAGAGGAACUCAAGGCACAGCCCCUCCCCAGCUCUUGGGACCAUCUCCUCCUGCAGUGGGAGGGGCAGGGGCAGGGCUGGGCAGUGGACGGGGGUCUGUGGUCCCCCCACUGCUCUGGGGGCAGUAGCUGGUCUAACUGCCUGGUGACACCCCGCCCUAGGCCUUAGGCACUCAAGGACUUUUCUGCUAUUUACUGCUCUUAUUGUUAAGGAUAAUAAUUAAGGAUCAUAUGAAUAAUUAAUGAAGAUGCUGAUGACUAUGAAUAAUAAAUAAUUAUCCUGAA